AUGGAAGCCCCUAAGAAUGCCAGUUGGAGCUUUAAAUACUUGCUGAAAAUCAGGCCUGAAAUUACUCCCAUCCUUGUGGGUCUAGUCCAAGAGGUUAGUACGAGUUAUAUCUGGGACAAGCUGCGCCCCCCAGCUCCUAAGGUUCCUUGGCACCACAUGGUCUGGUUCUCGGGUCGUAUUUCCAAGCAUAGUAUCAUCGUCUGGAUGGCCUUAUUAAACAGACUUCCUACUCGGGUAAGACUUCUGCGCAUGGGCCUUGCCAUUGAAACGGAUAAAUGCUUGCUGUGUGGUGAAGAGGCUGAGAACAGGGAUCAUUUAUUCUUCGAAUGCCAAUUUGCAAGGGAUCUUUGGGGAUCCAUUCUUAAUCUUUGUUGCAUCUCUCGAGAAGGUUGUAGCUGGGAGAGUGAAUUGGCUUGGGCUACCUUAUUAUUCAAGGGUAAGUCCCUCAUUGUGGUAGUUCUUAAGCUUGCUUGGUCUGGGCACAUUUAUGGUAUAUGGAAUGAAAAGAAUGGCAGAUUAUUCGAAAAUAGGGUAAGAUCGAAUGAUGAGUUGCUAGGUGAUAUCAAAGAGACUAUACGCAUUCGGCUGCUGGGCAAAGUUUUCAACCGGUUAGAUUUGGUCAACAAUGCUCUGUGUGCUAAUUGGGGCAUUGCCUGA